AUGCUCCUGCCUGAAACAACUAAAAAACUUGACAAAAUAAGUGAAACAGUAGUUGUCAUGUCAGUGGUCAUCAGAAAGGAGCUGGCUAUGAGUUGCUCUGAAAGCGAUUCUAAUUACACAGGUCUUCAGGAUGACUUUAUACCAAUAGGUACAGCCAACUGGCAGGGUGGAUUACUGCAAGGUGGUUCACAGCCAGCUGGACAAGGCGACACCCAUUCUAGCAAAAAGAAAGCAGAGAGAUUUGUCCUGAAGAUCACUUCCCCAUUGUUAAAUGGAGUCCACAAAAGCUCCCCCAAAAGGGUUUGGGAUCUGUGGAUCUUUCAUUUUGGAGGUUCCACCGAGAUCCAAGAUCCCGGUUCCGAUCCUGAUCCCUAUCCGGAGGACACCCGACAUCACUGGGAGGUGAAAACCCGAAUCUUCACCCACAGUCCUCAUGGACACCCCGACCAGAUACCCUACAUUAUUACCUGGGAGGACUUAGCCUCCAACCCACCCCCUUGGGUCGCUCCCUUCUCUCCACCCAAGCUCCCUCUCCGUUCUCCCCUUGAACCCUCUGCUCCCCUCAUUCCGCUUCCUCCUCCCCAAACCUCUCAUCUUUACCCUGUUCUUAACAAAUCCGAGACCUUGGUUAAAACAGGGACAAGACCAAAGAAAGUUCUGCCACCAGAGGACUCAGCUCUGAUUGACUUGCUGACUGAUGAGCCUCCUCCCUAUCAGCCCCAACCCUUACAAGCCCCUGAACCUGAUCACCCAUCCUCCGAGGACGAAAACCAGGAAGGCCCGACUGCCAGUGCUCCCCCGGAUCCAUCUCCCAUGGUGGGAUGGCUCCGGGGACGCCGGGAUCACACCGCCUCAGGAGACACCUCCAGAGUUCUCCCCCUGCGACACACGGGGGGCCCCAACGGCCAAUAUCAGUAUUGGCCUUUUUCCGCCUCUGACCUCUAUAACUGGAAAACCCAUAACCCUUCUUUUACUAAAGACCCUAUAGCUCUAACCUCUUUGAUUGAGUCUAUCCUAGUAACUCACCAGCCAACAUGGGAUGAUUGCCAGCAGCUCCUGCAGAUACUCCUCACUUCAGAGGAGAAACAAAAAGUUCUUUUGGAAGCUCGCAAAAAUGUGCCAGGGGACGACAGGCGUCCCACCCAACUCCCAAAUUUGAUUAACGAAGCUUUUCCUUUAAUCUGGCCAAACUGGGACUAUACAACUGAAGCAGGUAGGGACCACCUACGUCUCUAUCGCCAGUUACUCAUAGCGGGUCUCCAUGCAGCAGGGCGACGGCCCACCAAUUUGGCUCAGGUAAGACAGACUACCCAAAGGGCAGAAGAAACCCCGACAGCAUUCCUAGGAAGAUUAAAAGAAGCUUAUCGGAGGUUUACUCCCUUUGAUCCUGAUAGUGAGGACCAAAAAGGGAACGUUUCCAUGGCUUUCAUUUGGCAGUCCGCCCCAGAUAUCAGGACUAAAUUGCAGAGAUUAGAUAACUUACAAGAUUUUUCUCUAGCAGACUUACUUAAGGAAGCCGAAAAGAUAUAUAACAAAAGAGAAACUCCAGAAGAAUGA